AAGCAGAAGGGGAUGGAUUCUUAAGGCUUAAGGGGCAGGUGUUGCUGAAUCCUACAGAGCUGCAUUCUGCAUCUGCUUAUCUGCCCUCAGCCAUCAGCUUUAUAGGAUCAGCAUGGAAACCCCUCUGUUUAUUAUCCUGUGCUGCAUGACAUUGCUGAAUGCUGAGGAGGAGCCAUGUUGGUCAGAGAAAUACACAGCAAAAGGGGAAUGUUGUAUUUCUUGCCCAGCAGGCGAGGGGGUUAUGAAGCCCUGUGGAGUAAACCAAACUGUUUGCGAACCUUGCCUUGACAGUGUUACUUACUCAGACACUAUCAGUCAUACUGAGGCCUGCAAGCCCUGCACAGAGUGUUUCGGCCACAAACGUAUGGAAGCACCAUGCGUUGAGACUGAUGAUGCUGUCUGUGCUUGCGCCUAUGGAUACUUCAUGGAUGAAGUCAGUGCAGAGUGCAAGCUUUGCAAGAGCUGCCCUGAGGGCUUUGGAAUGAUGAUACCUUGUUCAAGCAUUCAGAACACCAUCUGUGAGAAGUGUCCAGAAGGGACAUAUUCAGAUGAGGAUAAUGACAGAGAUCCUUGCCUGCCCUGCACUCUCUGUGAAGAUGGAGAGAUAGAGGAGACAGAGUGUACACCUACAUCUGACACAGUGUGUUUUGACCCCAACCCCCGCUUUGCUUCAGUGACGCCAUCAAACUCGGAUAUUCCCUACACAAUCACGUCUGUUGCGCCUUUUGAUUCAAGCAGCACCACUUCAGGAGCCUCCUUUACUGUGUCUCCCCCUGGGGUAGUAGAGAAUCUUAUACCUGUGUACUGCUCCAUCUUGGCAGCUGUCAUUGCUGGUCUGGUUGCAUUCAUUGUUUUUAAAAGGUGGAACAGCUGCAAACAGAACAAGCAGGGAGGUAACAGCCAUCCAGUAAAUCAGACUCCAUCGCCAGAGGGGGAGAAGUUGCACAGUGACAGUGGAAUCUCUGUCAAUAGCGAUAGCACCGCCGAGCAAACAACAGGACACCCCCAAGGUAAAAAUGACAUGCAUCUUCACAACAAACUUUCUCCUCAUAAGCAAGAAGAGGUAGAGAAGCUUUUAAGUGGGUCUCUUGAACAGACCUGGAAGUCCCUGGCUGGAGAACUUGGCUACCAGGAUGAAAUCAUAGACACAUUCACAAGAGAAGAGUUCCCUGUACGAGCUAUGCUUUCUGAUUGGUCCUCCAAGGACAGUGCCACCACUGAUGCCCUGUAUACAGCCCUCCGUAAAAUUCAGCGGGAUGACAUUGCCCAGAGCUUGAACAGUGACUCCACUGCUACCUCACCAGUGUGAAUAAGAGUAUAGGGACAGAAGGAAGAUGUUCAUGUUGACUUCACGGAACAUCCUACCCGAGAUGUGAAGGAAAGUUUGCCCCUUGACCCCGCAGACCCAGGCAAUCCCUUUUUACCCAGUAUUAACAGACAAUCCUUCUGCACUGAUGCAUUAUUUUCAGUAUUGUGGUGUGUAAUCUUUUUUCCCUAUGAACCUCUCAUGUCCAGGAUCUCUAGGUCUUUUCACUGUGAUGGACAAUAAGGCUCUGAGAUAAGGAAUCAUGAACUUUGGAUUUUCAGACUUCCUUUUAAAAUUCAAAAGUGCAUCCCUCUACCCUUUUCUUCAAAACGUUUUUAUCUUCUACGUUUCUUGCUUAUUUUCAUAGGCCUCUACUUGUGACCCCUAAAAAUUCAAGUGGCUACUGCCUCACAGCACCUUUUUUUUUGCAGGGUUUUGUGACACAAAAAGUCAUUAUCUAAAGGUUGUGUCACAUUCGCACUUAGAAAGACUCAGUGAUUGUGUCAUGCCUUUAGAUUGAGUUUCUUCCAUUUCAAUUU